CCUGCAUAAUUCAUAGCCAUAACUUAGGUACAGUACGUUACACGUACGCCUGCAUGUGUGUGGUGGUUGGCAGGAUCGAUGUUCGAGGUGGUUCGAGGGCGGCGCGAGUAGGCGAGGUUGAGUCUUCCCCGAGGUGCGCUCAUUGGCGGCGGAUGCGCGGCUCGUGGUGUGGCCACGCUCGCGGGGCGGGAGUAUCACCUGCCUCGCGUGGUGGUGGCCGCCGCCACAGUCUGCCACAGUCUGCACUCAACUUCAGCCUCGAGGCCCUCGGAGCGUCGCGCAUCUUCAGUCCGCCUCAAUGCACCAGUGCGCCGCUCGAGUGAGAUGUUGAGGUGAAUCGUCAGCAACUGACGUUCGUUGCAGCACUUGAAUGAUGUUGGUGCCAUCGGACAUGCUUUCCGCCUCCACGAAGAUGGCCUACCAGAUCAACAAGUACUUUGGAGAGCGGGUCAUGACCCGCAAGAACCAGGUGGCCAAGACGAUCCAGGAGGUCUGCCGAGUCGUGCAGGACGUGCUCAAGGAGGUGGAGGUGCAGGAGCCGCGAUUCAUUUCGUCCCUGACGGACUACAAUGGACGGUUCGACGGUCUGGACGUGAUCUCUCCCACCGAGUUCGAGAUUGUCAUCUACCUGAAUCAAAUGGGUGUGCUCAACUUCGUGGACGACGGCACUCUCCCUGGGUGCGCGGUUCUGAAGCUGAGUGACGGAAGAAAGAGGUCCAUGUCCCUGUGGGUGGAGUUCAUCACAGCCUCCGGGUAUCUUUCGGCGCGGAAGAUCAGGUCCCGGUUCCAGACCCUGGUGGCUCAGGCCUGCGACAAGUGCGCCUACAGGGACUCGGUGAAGAUGAUCGCCGACACGACGGAAGUGAAGCUGCGAAUCCGAGAGCGGUACGUGGUGCAGAUCACGCCGGCCUUCAAGUGCGCCGGACUGUGGCCGCGCUCGGCCUCGCACUGGCCCAUCCCCCACAUUCCCUGGCCGCACCCGAACAUCGUGGCCGAAGUGAAGGCCGAGGGCUUCGACAUGCUCUCGAAGGAGUGCAUCGGGCUGCAGGGCAAGCAGUCUGCCAUGGAGGGCGACGCCUGGGCUCUGUCCUUCAUCGACGCCGAGAACCGGCUGCUCCAGGGCGCCAGCAGGAAAAGGUGCCUCAGCAUCCUGAAGACCCUGAGGGAUCGGCACCUCGACCUCCCGGGAAACCCCGUCACCAGCUACCACAUGAAAACACUCUUGCUCUACGAGUGCGAGAAGCAUCCGCACGAGGCCGAGUGGGACGAAACUUGCUUGGCAGACCGAAUCAAUGGGAUCUUUCUGCAGCUCAUUUCGUGUCUGCAAUGCAGAAGGUGUCCCCAUUACUUUCUUCCCAAUUUGGAUCUCUUCAAGGGGAAGUCGCCCAGUGGCUUGGAGAACGCUGCCAAGCAAGUUUGGAGAUUAACGAGGGAACUGUUGACCAAUAGCCGAGCUUUGGAAAAAUUAUAGUCCGCAUUUGAAUUUACGAAAAUUAUUAUUUAUCAAUUCCAAGUGUUUUUACUCGAACGAAAUCUGUGAAAAACUGAAAAUAGGGUUUGCAGAAGCCAUUAAAGCAGUACUGCAUUAAAUCAGUGUGUGUUAAACAUUUUUCCCAAUAUUCUAUAUUACCUACAAUUUACAUAUAGCCAAGACGUUGUAAAAACUGAACUGCAAGAAGAACUUGGCAUAUACACGCGCGCGGAAUAUGUUUCCGAAUUGAGCUAAAGCUGCAAUUUAAAAAAGUAAUUAAUAAUAUGGUGCUGUGAUUGGAUCGUGAUUCAUCGUGAUUCAUGCUCAUGCCAAUAUGCCCAAAUUAGUGUCGUGUUUCAAACGCUAAGAGCACAUCAGUGAAAGUUGUUUCUUUAGUGGGAAAUGUACACAAAUUGAUGACAAGUGGAGUGGGUGCUUGGUGGAUUAUAAACAACAAUUUAGUGAUGAAAAAACUGUUUGUUUAUAUAAGUUGCAGGAACAAAAAACAAGUAAAACUUUGCUUCCUUAAAAAAUCUUGCAACACAAUUUCCCUUAUAUAUUAUGAUCUGUUGUAAUCUAAUUACUGAGAAAAAUUAAUAUGGGAUUAGUCGAUAGUCGAGCUAAUAUGUUUAUUCUAAAUUAUUAAAUUUUAAAUAAUUUUCAAUGUAAAAGAAACUAGUCAUAAAAUUUAAUAACUUUGUUAAACCAUCGUUUUUAAUGUAUACACGUUCAAAUAUAUUUGUACAAAAAAUCUUUAAUUGCAAAUAUUCUUUUUGUUUCGAAAAAUUUUAUUAAUUUAAAAAGGUAUAAUCACUCGACUAACGAUAAAAGAAUUACAUAACCACGUUAAAAUAAUAAUAAUUUCAAUUUUAACAUGCAAAACUGUGUGUUCUUUUGACAAAAGUAAAAAAUUUCUUUAAAUAAAAAUAAAAAAAUUUUAAACAAGGGCCUAUGUUAAUAUUUUUCUGGAAUUGAAAGUUAAUCAGUAAUGUGGUUUCCUUUUUUAAACAAAAGCUUUUUUCAACUGAAAAUGAAACAUUUUUUACAUAAGAUUAUUUUAUAAUCAAUAAUUUCAUUGAGAAAUUAAAUAAUUCCUUUAUAUAAUUAAAGAAUACAUUUGAUUCUCUUGAAAGCUAUAAUUUACUUGCCGUUAAUAAGUUUUGGAGAAAUAUGAAAUAUUUUGUUGAAACAAAUAAAAAAAAAUUCUGAAUGCAUUUCGUUAAAAACAAAUAUUAUGGAAAAUAUUUAUUAAAUAUUAUAUAUAUAUAUAUAUGUAUAUUUAUUCGCAAAAAGAGAUUCAGACUGUAUUAUAAAACGGACAUCGUUUGGGCAUUUAAUGACAAACUGAUUAAUUAUAAUAGUUCCUUUUGUAAUAUUUAAUUAAAUAUUUAUAAAAAGCGAAUAAACGAAAUAAAAUUUGUUUACUCUUUAAAGAGUUAUUUAUUUGUUAUUGUGUUUUUGUAAAUAAGACACGAGUGAGCAUUUCUAUUUUGCGACGGCAAUUUUGUCGAAUAUUGUCAAACAAUCUUCAAAAUAUAUGGAUGCGCAUGAGUGGAUUAAAGUAAAAAAGAGAAUUAUUUUUCGCAACAGCGAAUUUUUCAUUGAAUAUUUGUUUUCGUCGUCACUGCAAUUGUAAAUAUGAUUCAAAAUAUUUAUUAAAAUGUAACAAAAGUAAAAAUACAAUGAUAUUUAUAUGCAAA